CAUGCAUUAAAUAACUUCCUCAGAUGCUCAUGCUUUCCUCGUGUCUAUAUAGAUGUGUAUUCAUUGCUAAUUGAUUUUUGUUUUCUGGUACUCGUCAUUCCAAUGAUAUGUAUAAAGGCCAUGUUUUUAGUUUCAUCAAAUUGGAUCUCUCGUCUUAGAUUUGCAACAUUUGCAUUACGGAGACUAGAAAAAUGUGGCGAACAAGACUGAUAGUGUUGAAUGGAAUAGCAAUUGAUUGAAAAUGGACAUGCUGCUCGUCUCUAUGCCUUGUGGUUGUGAAAUGUUGCUCUGGUUGAUGUUGCAGAACCUGUUGCAUGUGAUACACAAAUUUAAGUUGGCCCUUUUCUCUUGUGGGUUUGUUCUUUUGUGCUAUUCUAGUGGUCUGACAGAUAAGAAAUGUGUGCCAUGCAAUCUGAAGGAAUUACGGCCCAUGAGUGAGGAUUCAGCACAGACUCUAAUGCCACAGGUUCCUGAGUGGAAUUUGGUAAACGAUGGUGGUGUCAUGAAGCUGAGGCGGUCAUGGACAGUAAGGACCUUCUCCAAGGGAUUGGAUUUUUUUCGAAUAGUAUCUGUUCUUGCUGAAAGUGAAGGUCAUCAUCCCGAUCUUCACCUUGUCGACUGGAAUAAUGUUACUAUAGAGAUUUGGACUCAUGCUGUUGGUGGGUUGACAGAAAAUGACUUCAUACUUGCUGCUAAGAUCGAUAAGCUUGAUGUGCUUGACCUACUUAGACGGAAGCCUUCUGACUGAGUCAACAAUGCUAAGGAGUAUUACCUGUCUAUUGGCAGUAAUGUUGUUUUAAAAUGGAGCAUCUCACAUAGCAUCGAGUUCUGUUUUCAGGCUAGUAUUUUCAUUUACUUGAUUGCUUAAAGCUUCGUAGAAAAUCUUUGGAAUGAUCUUUUUUCAACCAAAAGCCUGUUAACGUUAGUGAUUACACUUUACGUAAUUGAGAUAUAAAAUGAUGACAUUCUUUUUAAUAAAACCUCAGUAGAUAAGCUUGUAUAUGUGCUAGAUAAUGAUAUUUUUUUUACAAUGUGACUGUCUAUGCAAGGAAUCUA